UUACAGAUGCUUUUUUCAAGAACUUUUUCACCUGCAGAUGUCAUCUUUUGUUGCAUGUGCUGACAAGUUCUUCACGUGCUGAUAAAUGACAGCGGCAUUUCUGCAGGGUGCUUUUCUUUUAAAAAACAGAUAUUUUGCCUUAAAAACAGGCUGCUUGAGAAAGUGUCUUUGUUUUUCUCAAAUCCAUUUUUGAUUUUAGGAAGUCUAUGGGGUAUUGUCUCUUCUGUGUGUUUCCAGAGUAAAUUCCUCUCCUCCUUUACCUCCCUCUCAAUGGCAGAUUUCUGCACCACUUUGCACAUUCUUGGUAUUUGCUACAUUUUCCCAGUCCACGCACUGGAAACUCUUCCCUUUUCCAUAAGCAGUAAGACUGUACUUACAUUCCUUUCUUAAAACUUAUCAGGAAAAAGUGUGUUUUGAUUACCAAAUUUUUAAUUAAGCAAGUUAAUUGCUGUAUGAGUCAAGUCCAAGAUUCAGGUAAUGGUCUUAUAGGUUAAUAAAAAACUGAUCGCAAAAUGUGUGCAGCAUGUUUAGUAUUUUUAAUUUCAUUUUUAUGCAUACAUUUAUUGAUAAAACAGACUUCUUAGCUGUGAUAAUGUCAUCCAGAACAAAGCUGAUGUGUGAAGCUGCAGGAAAACAAAUCACAUAGCCUGAUUUGCAUGGUUUGCUUCCAUGUUGCCAUCAUGAUGAGCUACUUUGUUGUUUGAAUGGAGCAAAUGAUGUUUAGAUUCACUUUAUUUACUUUAGUUCUGUUGCCCUGCUGCAAAAUAAAACAGUAACACAGCCAUUAGAUAUUUCAGAGAAAUACGGCAAAGAGAGCACGCUCUGAUGGGAGGAAUACCAGUGUGAUGUGCAAAAAUGCCACCGUAACAUGGAUGUGGCACAUUCAGUGCAACAUGACCUGCUAUUCACGUGCUUUUCUUUCCAUAGGGAGAAGCUGUCUGUGGCUCGGCUGCAGCGAGAAGUUGCACAGAGUAAGAGCGAAGGAACCAUGCGUGAGAAACUGAUACAUGAGUUGGAGGAAGAAAGACAUUUAAGACUUGAGAGUGAAAAGCGAUUACGGGAAGUAACACUGGAGUCAGAGCGUAACAGAGCUCAGAUGCGUGGCCUACAAGAGCAGUUUUCCAGAAUGGAGGAAACGGUGAGAAAUCUACUACAGAGCCAAGGAUCCACAGGCCAGAAUGGAGAAGGAACUGUCAAUAUCAUGAAGGCAUAUCAGGAAAAGCUGUCAGAAGACAGUAGGAAAUGCAAAGAAGGUAUGGAAAAAAAUCACACAGCAGUAGAUGAAGAUUCAAGAAGUGAAAGCAACAGCACUGAAGAGGAAAAAGAAAAGACAAAAUUGCUAUUGGAGCGUUUGAAAGCUCUGGAGGCAGAGAAUUCAGCACUGGCUCUGGAAAAUGAAAAUCAGAGAGAACAGUAUGAAAGAUGUCUUGAUGAGGUAGCUAAUCAGGUCGUUCAGGCUCUACUUACUCAAAAGGAUCUGAGGGAGGAAUGUAUAAAGCUGAAGACGAGAGUUUUUGAUUUGGAACAACAGAAUCGAACAUUAAGUGUGCUUUUCCAGCAAAGGGUCAAACCAGCUUCUGACCUCCUCCUUCAGAAACUCCAUUCGCGCAUCUUAGACCUCUCAUCUGGAGAUCUGCUGUCAGAAGUAGAACGAAACAGAAGCUCGGUGCAGUUGCAACCUGCUGAUGCUCAGAUUCACGAAUGCCAACAGAAUGUGAAAUCCACUGUACCUGCCUUGAAAUGCCACAGUCAAUUAUAUGUGACAGGUCCUAGCCGCCUGUAUCCCCGGAGCAGCUGCAGUAGCAGUGAACUCUCCCUUUCAAGUGCUUGCAGUGAAUAUUCCAGUGGUUCCUCCUACACUUGGAAUGAUGGGAAGACAUGCAGCAAAAGGUCAUCCGUGAGCUGGGAUAAAAGAAUAAGCAUUGGUUCUUCACUCCCAAGCAACCUCUCUAGUCCUGCAGAUGAUCUGCCUCCAACUCGUAUCAAGGAAAACCAUAUCCUAGAAGGGCUGAAGAAAUUACAGAGGCAAAAAGUAUUACUUGAAUCACCUUCAGUAAUAUCGAAAUGGGGUUACAAAGAUUGCAUGAACUCCAAUGAAGGAAUAUAUUCCCCUGGAGUUAAAUGUGGCAGCCAUCAUGAGCAGACUCACUGUAAGCCAAUGGAAAUAGGAAGGAUUUGCACUGAACAUAACAAAACUUUCUCUUAUGAUUCAGAUUCACAUGAUGAUGUGGAUGAUGAUUCUUCAUCUUUAUUAUUGCUGCAGGAAGUACCAAGCAAAGACUGCAGGAUCUAUUGUAACAAAUUAACCCACAGUGUUUCUGACAGUCUCUUUCACUGGGAUCCUAAUAAGAAACAUUUGCCAGAAAGAAGUUCAUAUUUUAAUUCAAAGGAAAGACCAGAAAAAUUGACUAGUUUUGUCAGUGGAUUUCAGGCAGAAGUAGAAUCAUGCACCAGAGCAAAGCUGCCUGAUUUACAGUUAGAUCAAAGCCUUGCUAAUAUAGGCUGGAAGGAUCUUAAUUUUCAGCUUUCAGAUACUGAUGACAAUGAAGUCUUGGAUGAAUUGCAUAUAGAAAGCAGUGAUGAGAAAAGUCCAUCAGAUUUAUUAUCAACUCCUUUUACAGAGAAGUACACAAAGAACUCUGAUGAGCUCAUUGUCACGGAGAAUUCUCAGUUUAUAUCUGGUGACAAAGAGGAAAGACAGACAUCUGCUCACUCAGACAUUAGGCCAAAGGCAUGUAAUUUCAUUAAACAACAAAAAGUUAUAAAAAAGACUUCUUCUGAGGAGUGCAUUACAGUAAUAUUUGAUGCUGAGGAUGGUGAGCCUAUUGAAUUCAGCUCACAUCAAACUGGAGUUGUCACUGUAACAAGAAAUGAGAUAUCAAUCAACCAACCAGAAAGUAGGUCCAGUGCAGAAUAUACUGAAUUUAUACCUCAGGGAAUAGCUAAUUUGCAGACAAGAGCAAAUGCUAGAGACUACACUGUUUUGGAAGGACCUGAAGACAAAACUAAGAAACAGCCUCUUGAAGAUAAUACAGGGAAUAAAAAUACGGUUGUCGCCACGACCUGCAGUGAAUCUUCACCCUGUGGAAGAGUAAUGCUGCAAAAUGCCCCACGACAAAAACUAGUGAAGCCCCUGUAUGAUGUAUCAUACAAGACCAAUUCAAGCCCCAUUGUUCAUGCAGGAAUCAAUCAAAAGCCAAUCUUGACUAAAAUACCCAGCAGAGGUAAAUUUUCUCCACAAAAAACCAAGAUGACGGAGAGUGAGGAGGCACCUGCAGCUACAUCAGUGACCCCUGCAACCCUUGAAAAAUCACCUGCUCUGCCACCUGUAAAGCUUUCAAGACUCAAAAAGGCACAAAGUCCACCUCGUAAUUUUGACUCAAAAGUCGACUUCCAGAUUCCAAAGCCCCCUGCCCACCCCCUGCCCAGCUCAAAGCGUCCGGGCAGAGGCAAUGGGACAAAGUAUCCAAAGAGUCAGAGUCCAGCAUCACCACUGUUGCCUCAGCACCUUAUAGAGCCUACUGACUAUGGAGAACCUCCAACUAGAGACUCUAAUCAUGAUUUAGCAACUGGAGAAGCCAGGUCACCAUCCCCACCCCUUCCUCCAGGCAGGUCAACAUCCCUAUUGAUUCGGCCUGAUUAUGCUCAUUCACCACCUGUGGCUGUGAAGUUAGGAGGAGCUGUUCCUGGUGAAACAGCAAAAAAUAUACUGAAAUCAUCACCAUUAAAAGGAACUGCAAACUCUGGCAUCCAUAAUCAAUCUAGUCAUGAUAUGCAAGCAAAAAGUGUAUCUUCUGGGGCCAAAAUUGAGUUAUCUUACCUUCAAGAAAAUUCUGAAGCAAUUAUGCAAAAUAAAUGUAUAUCUCAGCAAUCCCAUAGUGCAUGCCAAGGACUUUCCAAAGUUUUCACAAAGCAAGUCUGCCUAAAAAACACUAAUCAGAUAGGUCUCCACAGGAACCGUGAGUUUCUGAGCACAGAUUCUCAGACAGGCAGGUCCAUUCCUCUGGGUCCGUCACUGGAAACAACUUCACAAGAAGCACAUUCCAGCAAGAAGGAUAUUUCCAGUGACAGUGGGGUUGAUCAGCCACAAAAGAUGCCAAACAUUCUCCCUGCAACUCCUCAAUGUCAUACAACAAGUGCGAGUGAGCCCUUGCUAUCUCAGGUAAACAAUUCUCCAUUGUCAACACUGUUUCAUGGUAGUGACACUGCAAAUGCCACACAAAACUCUAAUGAGAAAGGAGUGAAAACCCGUCUUCCUGUAGGACUGAAAUUAUUUGUCAAAUCUCCUCAGCUUCUCCGAAAGAGCUCCACUGUCCCAGGGAAGCAGGAAAAAGAUAGUAUAAAUGCAGCUUCCAAAAGCCACGUGAGUACAAGUAAGUACAAGCAAAAUGAAUGUGCGUCCACCAAAGGUGCAAUGGAUGCUGAAUUAAAAGACUCUAAGUCUGAUAACGAAGUAAAAGAUAAUUUUACUGUGAGACUUAGUAUGGAUACGGCAUCACCUCAUUCACAUGAAAAUGGCAGCUUGGUGGUAGACAGAGUAGAUGAAUUAGAAAGAAAAUUAGUUAAGAGAUCUUUUUCUUCUAGCAACAAGUCACACUUGAAACCAGCUCUGGGCAUGAAUGGAGCUAAAGCUCGAAGUCAGAGUUUCAGCAUUCAUACAGGAGAAAAGACAUCUGCCCUUGUGACAGAAGGUCUUGGAAAAGUACGGACUCAGAUUAUUACAAACACUUCUGACAGAGGAAAUUCUCUAACAAGGCAGAACUCAGCCAUGGAAGGACUUCAAAUCAAGGUCAUUCCUGGGUCAGCAGCAACACAAGAGACUCUUUCAAAUACUUCAAAAAACACAGAAAAUUCUUACUCUAGACAAGGUUCUCUUGGAAGUAAUAACAAUAACCAGCAUGGAAGCCCAAGCAAACUGCCAUUCAGAUCAUCUCCAAAAGUAGACUCGUUUCGAAACACUUCAAAAUAUGAUGGGAACAAAUCAUUUUCUGUGAAAGAUGCACGCAGUCUAUCUGUCCAGAGUGAGAAAGACAGUGAAAAUUUAAAACAUGAAGCUCUAAAUAAAAAAAGUGUUUUGCCAGCAGAAUUGGAGUUAGAAGCAUCAGCUACUGUAUCUUCCAAACAGAUUUCAUCAUUUCAUAGCUUGGGUGGAAUAAAAUGUCCGCAUAAACUGGAAGCAAUAAAAUCACAGAGACAGCAGAUGUCUUUAAAGUUAGCAGAAGCCUCUCAUGUUACUGAUGUUUUUAGUUCACCUGCUCUACAACCUACGAUAGAGGAGAAGGUCAUGUUGUGCAUCCAAGAGAAUGUCCAGAAGGGUCAGGAACAAAACAAAUCUCCCACUGUAGAGACUAAACAAAAGACUGGGCCCUCUAUAGCUAGUUGGUUUGGCUUUCGAAAGAGUAAGCUGCCAGCACUGAGCAGCAGGAAACCUGACAUUCCUAAAACAAAGGUAGAAAAAAAAGAACCAAGAGUUUCAGGAUUUGGAAUUAAACAGUCAAAAUUAGAGAGAAGAAAAGAAAAAAAGCAAACUGAACAACACUGUGAAGUGGAAAAUGAAAUUAACAGGAAAACGGACAGCAGUGACUUUUUAGAUGAUGCUCUGGAGUUUAAAAUUUUGAAGCCAUCACGAAACACAUCUGGCAAGAUUGGAUGUGAACAAAUCAGAGGUUCCACCUCAGCUACAUACUCACCAAAAGACAGUUUUAUGAAAGAACUUUUGAGCAGAGUUGAUAAGAAAGCAGCUCAGCAGACAGAAAGUGGAUCAAAUAAUGUUUCCUACAGGAGUGUGUCGAAGGGCAGCUCCCAGGGCUCCUCUCUUCACAGCAACUCUAUCAGCUCUCAAGGAAACCACAAGAAAAACAGCAACACGAAAGCUGAUAUGGAAAUGCAGAAUCAGACCCUGGCUAACGUAGUCACAGAAAACCUGCAAGAAGAAGAGGAGGACACCAUGACAAGGACUACAUGUCAGAGUCAUGUGAUAGAGUCUUGCUGCCAGAUGAGGACGCUGGACAGUGGGAUUGGAACCUUCCCACUCCCCGACUCAGGGAACCGAUCUGCGGGGCGACACGUGUCUAAGCAGGAAUCGACCUUGGAAACAGAAGCCCUCGCACCGUCUGAGCAAAUUCUUCUUUCAGCUCCUUCAGUAAAAGCCAAAACUCUUGAGCGAGAAGUGCCUUCAACAGCUAUGAGUCAGGAGUCGGUGGAAAGCAUAAUUAGUCACUCAACAUCUGAUCCAGCCAUGACUGCCAAAGGUAUACGACCUUUUCAAAGUCGCCUUCCAAAACCAGAUUCCUCAGGAAUAAUUAACCUUGCAAAGCAAAGUGAACAAGAACCAAGUUCUGUGACCUCUACCUCAUUAGAGCUUACUGAAGAAACUGUAGAAAAUAGAAAAGCUCUUUCAGAUUGGACCACCAAGAAAACUACAAAAACAAAGGACAGAGCUCUAAGAGUGUGCACUUACUCUGCCAGCAGCAGUGACACUGAACCAGAGCCAGAGUAUGGAACAAAUUAUUUUCGAGCUGCAGAGGAGACGUUAGUGGAGUUAACAAAGAGCAACAAACAAGCUGAGCAGGAAAAACAGAAGCAGAGAAAGUCAGUUCUGGGGAACCCGAUGUCAAUCUUGGAUUUAUACCAGCACAGUCUCUAUGGCCAUUUUGGAGAGGAUGGACCUGAACAAUUAACACAUUUCAGUUUAAUUGAGCAGCUGAGUGGACCUUCCAGUAAAGACAGCAAAGGCAAAGAGAGCCCAACUAAAUUGAAGCAAACUGAAGAAACAAAAGAAGAUUCUCAGACUAGAUUAUCUAGAAUUUCCCUGGAGUCUCUCAAUAAAUUUAACAGCAAUAACGUACUUUUAUUAGAAAAGGAGAAGAAUUGUCUGAACAAAGCUGAAGGACAAAAGGAGGAAAACGGAAAGAAGGAAGCAUCUUCCUUAAACAGCUCCGAUAGGCAGGACAUGGACAAUUUGGAGUCCCUGAGCGAUUCUUUGUACGACAGCUUCUCCUCUUGUGCCAGCCAAGGCUCUAACGACGUGUGAGGACGCUUUCAGCCGGCUGCAAAGGGAGCACUUACAGAGCUGCAAGCGGGCAGUGAGAGCGGAGUAGGAACAGAACUCACCCCGUGUCACUGCGCCCGUGGCAGGCUGUUCCCAGCUUUGGUCUUCAUGACACAGCAAUAAGAAGGGCAGCACUGCAUUCGUCUCAGUGCAGGAGGCUCGAUGCUCCACACAAGUGACUACACAGAGAAAAGUCUUAAUUUUGCACUUUUAUGAAUAUUUGUAUAGGUGUAAAUAUUUUGGAAAGAUAUAUUUGUAGGGAGAGAUGACAGCAAUAAAUAUUACGUUGGUGCUAUGCUCCCGUAAUGGCAGAUUACUGACUUAAAUUGAUGUUAAUAUUAACCAGAAAAGUUAGUAGAUUUUUUUAAAAAGAUUUAUACGUAUUCUGGUCUUAAAACUAUGUAGAAACACUGCGUGUCCAUAAACCCAAGCCUACCGAAUCAUCUGUAAGGAACUUUGCAGACUCCUUUUGCAAAAUAUAUUUUUUAUUUUUAGUGCAAUUCCAUGCAAGCGCUCUGGGGAAGGCUGCAUUUCGGCUCCAGUGUCGCAACAGGUGUCCUGUUGCAGAAGGCGUUUACUUGCAGCGUGGCGAGCAGAUGAAUUCUGCGAUUCUGUGAAUAACGGGGCGGUGCUGCCGGUGCGGACCGCUCAGCUGACGUGCAGGCUGGGAAGGCUGGCGUCGGAGCACUGCUCUGUUCUCCACCUCCUCCCAUCCUCGUUCCCGAAUCUUGUGCUAUCGUCUGUCCCCGUUCUGUCCUGAUUGAAUCGUCGGCUCCGCCGUUCUUGGUGGCGGUGACACGUGAGGAGCGGUGGGCGCGAGCCAGCACCGCUCAGACGUAGCCGGGCGCCCGCGUGGUUUUGUUUUUCUACGAGGGCUGUUUAUACGUGAGGGAAAGUCUAUUUCAAAGGUUCGGUGUAUUUUUUCUAGAUGUGAAGUAUUUAUAACUGCUUUUUGUACAGCGACCUGUAAACCAGAUGUAUUUGGGAUAUUUCUGACCCCGCGGUUUCUCCAGCACCUGUUAAUCUAUGAAACGACACUGUAUCGUCUGCGUUAACCCUUCGUGCAAUUUGUUCCAAGUCAUUCCCGCUGUAAACUCGCGUCGACUUUUAAGAGAUUUUCACCGAGGCAUCUUAAAUAAACCUCCUCCUCCUCCUCCUCCUCCUCUGCACGCGGGGCUGUGGGAGCGCGUCCCACCAACGGCCGCCGCUCGCGCCCCUCAGCGCGCGCCUCGCGCC